AGUGUCCGCCAGACUGCCGAGCGCGCCGGGCCUCCCGCUCCCCGCGCCUCGCUCGGCUUCGACGCGUUCCGUAAUCCAAACCCCCCCGAACUCGACCGUCGCGAGUGCACUAUGACACUAGUGAGCUAGCGGGCCGCUGUGACGGUGUCUAUAUAUGUGUAUGUGUUCACGUGCUAGUGUGGUGUGUUAGCUUGGGCCCGUGAAAAACGUUCGUGGUGGCCAGUGGAGCCUUGCACCCGGGCUCGGGGCGAGCUUUCAUGGCUCAGCCUAGGUACGACGAGAGCCUCCACGGCGGGGGCUACAUGGAGGGCGGCGCGAUGUACCACGAGCACCGGCUCACGCACCCGCACCUGCCGCCCGUGCACUACCCGCCGCCCGCCGCGCCCGCGCACGCACUCCCCGGGGAACCGCUCGUACACAAGCGCGACAAGGACGCCAUAUACGGGCACCCCUUGUUUCCCCUGCUGGCGCUGAUCUUUGAAAAGUGCGAGCUAGCCACAUGUACCCCGCGGGACCCUGGCGUGGCCGGCGGAGAUGUCUGCUCCUCAGAAUCCUUUAACGAGGACAUCGCUGUUUUUAGCAAACAGAUACGUCAAGAAAAACCUUAUUACAUAGCGGACCCCGAGGUCGACUCAUUAAUGGUGCAAGCGAUACAAGUCCUACGGUUUCACCUAUUAGAAUUAGAAAAAGUGCACGAGUUGUGCGACAACUUCUGCCACCGCUACAUUAGCUGCUUGAAGGGCAAGAUGCCGAUCGACCUUGUGAUCGACGAGCGGGAGUCUGCGCGGCCGCCAGACGCGAACGGCGAGCCCCGGUCCGCUCCAGACAGCAGCCACGACGGCGCCUCAACACCGGACGUCAGACCACCGUCAUCGUCUCUGUCGUACGGUGGCGCGGUGAACGACGACGUGCGCUCGCCUGGCUCUGGCGGCACGCCCGGACCCCUCAGCCAGCCGCCGCCGCAGACCCUUGACGCCACAGAUCCAGGCAAAUGGUGUCCUUCGCGGCGCGAGUGGUCGUCACCGCCGGACGUAGCGCGGCGGGUUUACUCGUCUGUGUUCUUGGGUAGCCCGGGUGAGUACCCAGGGGACGCGAGUAACGCGAGCAUCGGGUCUGGUGAAGGCACGGGCGAGGAGGAUGACGAUACCAAUGGCAAGAAGAACCAGAAAAAACGCGGCAUCUUCCCCAAGGUAGCCACCAACAUCCUCCGCGCGUGGCUCUUCCAGCACUUAACGCACCCGUACCCAUCGGAGGACCAGAAAAAACAAUUAGCACAGGACACAGGGUUAACGAUACUACAAGUAAAUAAUUGGUUCAUCAACGCGAGACGUAGGAUAGUACAACCAAUGAUAGACCAGUCAAAUAGAGCAGUGUUCCCGCACGCGGGCCCCAGUGGUGCGUACAGCCCCGAGGCGACCAUGGGCUACAUGAUGGACGGCCAGCAGAUGAUGCACAGGCCGCCAACGGACCCCGCCUUCCAUCAGGGCUACGCGCAUUAUCCCGCCGAGUAUUACGGCCACCAUCUUUAAUGCAGACAGCACUCUUGUACAUAUAUGAAUAACACUGACAUCGUCCGGCCUCAGCUCUCUCGAGCCGGGGUCGACCUCUGCGGACUUGAGACCUAAGCAGGCCAACACGUGAUACGAACAAACUGGAGAACGAUGCUACAUGUACAUAAUGCGAUACGUUUUGUAAUAUUGAAACAGUAUACGAUCUCCUAAAUUAAGAUUUAAAGUCAACUUAAAUGUUUAAAUUAAUGUAAAUGUAAAUCUACGCGGAGUGACACUGUGGACGCUGUAUAAUAGAAAACCGGUGCAAUCAGCCUAUAUAAUAAAAUGCGGUUUAUCACACGGGACUAUAGGAGCAAAGAUGAAUAUAACAAUAAAAACGGUUUGAUAGUUAUCGUAUAAAUAUUUAUAGCUAAUUGUGUAUUGUUAUUACUUAAAUAUAAAUAAAUAAUUGAAUAGUUGUAAGUUGUAACUAUCACUGGAAGUACUAGGGUCAAAGAAGUAAGUGGGACACUUUUUUUUGUAAAGGAACUGUGUAUGUAAUAGGAUUUAUAGGUAUGAUUUCAACUUCAUUUGAUCAACAGUAAAUGUGGGCGAACGCGGACGACUAAGCUUCCUAAAUUAUCUUUCUAAGAUAGCAAAUCCAAAUAUUAUCUAUGGAAACCAAUUUUGUCCAAUGUGAUACCUCAUAGUAACAGAUUGGUGAACUUUGGUCGUAUGCGUCAGCCAUUACGAUCUGUGGGAACAACCAUCAAAUGUUUCUGAAAAAAAAAAAUAGCACUUAUCUUCUCGAUUUCUUCGCAUCUGUUAUCUACUACUAGUUUUUUUGGAUUUUAAGCUCAAAAUGUAGGUACUUCUAGUUCGACGUCAAUUUCUCGAAACCUAAUUUCAUUGCCCGUUUUGUGAUUUUGCUUUACAGGUUGACAUAUACAUAUCUUUGAAUUAUAUAUAUAUAUAUAUAUUAUAUUGUAUAUUUAUUAAUACGAUGAUAUUGAUAAUAAUUUGAAUAUCAUGUUCACCUUGCCUUGGUGUUCAAUAAUGUAGCACAAUUUGUAACCGAUGUAUACGAUGAAAAAAAUGAUAUUUUACAAUGUUAAAGUCAAUGAGAUUUUUAACUCUAUAUUGUCUCGAUACCUGGACAUCGAUUGCCUUGUACGUUAACUGGAUAUCGAAUGUUGAAACUUCUCGUAGUGUAAAGACUACAAAAAGGAUAUUUUUAUUUUAUUAGUAGCCAUUUUAAAUGUCAUAAAACGUAUACUAAACGAUAUUUGUGAGAUUUUUCUGGACUGAUAAUCGAUUGAGCUUUGUAACUCGAAUUGAAAUCCGCUUUUAGUGGUGAGUGCGGCUGUUUUGCUAACAGAGGGUAGGAGUGUGUCAAUAUAUGUAUGUGAUUAUCGUUUAGUUUCAUAUUACUCUUACUUUCUAUCACUGUUACCUUUAAUUUGCUUUAAAUAUACAUUAGAUUAUGCUGUUAUCCGUGUGGUUUUUUUUAUACGUGAAACCCUCUAAAGAAAUAAAAUGGCCGCUCUCAUAAUGUCUUAGCCCAAAUCCAAGUAAAAUGUAACCUGUCAAAUGUGCGGGACAAUUGUGACAGUUGUCUGUUUUACUCUGGUUUUGGCGCGUUUUUCUCUAUUAUAUUAAAGGUUAUAUGUGGAGUGUUUUACAUUUUCGUUUCUAAAUUAUGGUAUUUUAUUUCAUUCAUUGCAAUCUUACUUGUAUUUUAAAAAAAGUGACCAACGUUCUGUCAAUAUUAAUAUAAUUACUAUACAUAAUAUACUGUUCUAAAUAUUUUACCUCCACAGUAACUUUUAGAAAAAUGUAAUGCUUUGCAUUACAAGCCUUAAGCCAUGUAUACGAAUGGGAGCUAUAAAAAAAAUUUUCAAAAUUGAUCUAGCUAUGGUAUAACUUUAAUAGCGGUAAAGAGUUAUCCAAGAUCAAGCUUUAUACUAGUGUAAUAAACAUCAUAUUUCUUUAACAAAUUUAUGCGAUAUGGUUGUUUUUAAAAUUAAACUAUGUUUACUUUGAUAAAAUAUUCCAAUGUUAUAGUAUGCUUUAAAUAAUUACAAAUGGACUUGUGUAUGACAACAAUUAUAUUUAACUUUUUACAGUUUAUCAAUGCCGGCUAUUUUAGAAAUUAAAACCAAUAAUAAUUGAAUUUUUAAUACACUCGGUAUAAAAAUGAACCAGUGUGCUGUAUAUUUUCAAACAAUAAUGUGACUAAUAUAUGAAUAAUAUUCUAUAUGUUAUAAUAUUAAUAGGCGAUUAAUAUAAUAUCAUUUUUAUAUAAAAAACAACUGUAUCGCAUUAGAAUACACUUUAGAAUUUUUUGUUAUUCUUUGUAAAUAUAUCAUCGAAUUGUAUUUGAGUCGCUUUCCUUUGUAUAAAAGUCGUUUGUUUCCAGUGAAGUUUCAGUAUUAAAAAAAAAAAUGUUUCGUCGAAAAAACCGACUAUUUCUUUUGGAACGCUGGUCUUUGUUAAUAUUUACCUAUUAUUAUUAUUAUUAUUAUUAUUGUUAAUUACAUGGCGUGUAAUAUAUUUUAUUAAGAGGAAAGUCUUAAAUAGUAGCUGUUAGGCAUUAAUGUAUUAAUUGAAGAAUUUUAUUUUGAUUUUUCUCUUUAUUAUAUGUAUAUGUAUAUUACAUAAUGAGUUUGAAAGUCAUGGAAUUAUUGUAAAUAUAGCAACUAACGAACACGAGGCGUCCCUCAGCGGAACAAUGAACCGAUACGUGAAAAAAAAUUAAGUAUAUAUUUGUAUUGUAUAAUUUCGACAAAGUACAUAUUAUAUUAAUAUUAAAAACUAAACGCGGUAGUCUGAACAAAAAAAUAUAAAACUAUUGUAAAACCUAUGACGCUGACGGGACGCUGCGAAGGAAGAGAUGUGUCGGCAUUAUGAAUGCUACGAAUUGUGU